AUGGAGUCUUUUGUGCCUAAGGAUUCGCCUUUGGACGACUACCUCCAAGGAGUUGGUGGAAGUGAGGAAAACUGGCCAGCAGCCGAAGCGCACAGCGACAACGAACAUGAGGUUACGGCCUCUAAUUUUGCUCCUCGGGGAGCUUCUCGCUUCCAGAACCGAGUUCGCAACAAGCUCCCAACGCCCCUGAAACUCUGCAACUCGCCGCACGGAGCGAUCGUUGAGAAGCUCUACACUGCCUGCUCGUCCGCCCUAAACGCGCGCAUCGCACGAGGAGACAACGAGCGCUUCCUGGAACAGUUCGGAUAUGUUAUCGUCGCAUCUCAGCUGUUGAACGAGCACAGCGCGCCUUCCUACACCUCCGCCGCAGACGUCCUCGCGACUUCACAGCCCGCGGAGCUUCCGUCCCUUUCCACAACUUUUGGUCUGCAAGGUGCAAUCGUCACUGCUUCUACAUCCUUCUCGAUUGUGUGGUUACUACACUGGGGCCGGUCUAAGACGGGAUCUGGGUUGAAUCCGCGGAGGUUCGGGAUCCUGUUGAUUCUAGUACCGGUUCUUGGGGUAUUUUUCUAUGCUUUCGCGAAGCGACAGUGGCUAAAAUACUUGCGGCACCAGGCGGUGGAAGCCGCUGGUGCUUUUGUCGGAAAUGCUCAGGGGUUCGACUCGGCUGCAUCGGCUUCGGUGGUCUUUAUACAAGAGGUAGAGCUGGUCUCUAGAGGCUAUCGGAUAAGCACACCGCUCCCCCCUAUCAGUCGACUGGAAGACCAGGUGCAAAUUCGGCGAUGCUUGCGACUUCGAAGAGCAGUAUCUGAAUGUUUUUGGUCCAUGCUUGAGCGUUAUGUUCAAUCGCAAAAUACGCUGCGACCUCUCACCGACGAGGCAAACCUUGCUAAAUAUUAUGACAUCUACGAUAUCGCACUGGAAGAUCUCGAAGCAAUCGAGUCAACACUCUCACAACGGUCUAUGGACGAUCAAUAUUCCUUACGUUCCCUGCGAGAAGCAUUCGGGAAAUUAUAUACAGUGAGAAAAAGCGUAUUAUGCUGUUUGCUUGCACUUAGUGCCGAUGGAGGAGGAUCUGAUAUCGCGAGGUGGGGUUCGGCCGUGGAAGAGAUGCGCGAACUCGCUGCAGUCACAGGGUCAAGCAUGACCAAAAUGGCCAACAUCUUGAACGAAGAAGACCGUGAGUAUCUACUUCGUGCCUACCCCCCAACGGACAGCAAGCUAAUCUUCGCAGGGGAUGUCAUUCCUCCGUCUCCGUUACCGUCCGCCUCUCCAAGCAAGGAGCACAUGCGCGCGCAAUUCCGGCGGCUGAACUCGUUAUCUCAGGGCGUUCGUGCCUUGCAUGCUAAAAUGCACAUCGUCAGUGAGGAGUCCAACGCCAAUCUUGAAAGGUCCGAGUCUGGCGAAUUCGAAGCCGGUCUCCUGGUGCAGUAUGACUCCAUCGGUAGCGACAUUAGGGCCCUACUCCAAGAAUGGGAAUUGGGGAAAGCUACCUUUGUCAACAAUCAAGAUCGCCUCAGUGUCGGGAACUUCUCCCGACCCCCGAGUACAGCCUUCCCAGUGUCUCCUACCCCUAGCCUUGGCGGUACUACCGCGGUGGAGGGUAGUCCCACCGAUGCUCUCAAAGCGCUAAACGGUGAGCGUCCGGAUUUGACGCAUAGUUUUGAGGAUGAGGAGAUUUUCGAGGCGGUCGUGCUUCCUUCUUCAAGAAAUAAGAGGGCAUCUCUAACGAGAGAUGAGCGUCUGGCGCGCGUUCGUGAAGCGCGUGCCAGCAAAGCAGUCGCCCAAGACAAAAUAUUCGCUAAAACCAACAUGUUGAAGGAAUUGGAGAUGGUCAUCCAGCAAAGACCUCGCAACAAUCCUUCCAAGCGAGUGACCAGCAUUUAA